AUGAACCCCUCAGACACUGCUGAAGUGGCAGAGAUUGCGAAGUCUGCAGCCUUUGCUCAUGAUGCGCAUCCAGACGAGAAGAGGGAUCGAAUCUCAGCUGAGCUACGUCCCGCCACCUCACCUGAGAUCGAGGUGGUUCGUGAAACCGCUGAGAAAGGUGGGUUCAGUUCGUCGGCCGCAUAUGAAGACGAUGCAGCUCUACAGAAAGACUUCCCUUCUCCGGAUGAGCUGAGGACUCUACGUCGCGUCUCCGGCAAGAUCCCCUGGACAGCCUAUACUGUAGCCUUUGUGGAAUUGUGCGAGCGCUUUUCCUAUUAUGGAACUACAGCAGUUUUCGUCAACUUCAUCCAACGUCCGCUUCCUGAAGGUUCAUCAACCGGUGCGACUCAUGGUCUAGACAAUCUGGUACCCGGUGCUUUGGGCAUGGGACAGCAAGCUUCCACUGGACUGACCUUAUUCAAUUCUUUCUGGUCUUAUAUCAUGCCCCUCAUGGGCGCCUUCAUGGCCGACCAGUACUGGGGUCGCUUCCGCACCAUCAUGUUCUCGAUCGGAGUCGCUUUGCUGGGACAUACAAUCCUCGUCAUCUCAGCCAUCCCGCCGGUUAUCAAUAAUCCACACGGUGCAAUUGCUUGCUUCUCAAUCGGUCUGGUUAUCAUGGGAGUGGGAACUGGUGGUUUCAAGUCAAAUAUCUCACCAUUGAUCGCGGAGCAAUAUCGGGAGAGCAGGCCGUACAUCAAGACCCUCCCCUCAGGAGAACGCGUCAUUGUCGACCAUGCUGCCACCAUCGCGCGCAUCUACCUGUAUUUCUACAUGAUGAUUAACAUCGGCUCCAUCCUAGGACAAGUCAGCAUGGUGUAUGCGGAGCGCUACGUUGGCUUCUGGCUCUCAUAUCUCCUGCCCACCAUCAUGUUCACUUUCUGCCCUACAGUGUUGUUCAUCUGCCGCAACAAGUACUAUCUGGUCAAGCCAACUGGGUCUGUGUACCUGCAGGCUUUCAGGCUGUGGAAGCUGGCGAUGGAGGGGCGCUGGUCGCUGAAUCCUGCAAAGAUGUUCACAAAGAACCCUACCCCCUUUUGGGAUUCGGUCAAACCCAGUGCUUUGGGUGCCAGUCGUCCCCAAUGGAUGACCUUCGAUGAUGAAUGGGUAGAUGAGGUAGCUCGUGGUCUGAAAGCAUGCAAGGUGUUUCUGUGGUAUCCUUUGUAUUGGCUGGCCUACAACCAAAUGUUGAACAACCUGACCUCUCAGGCGGCCACCAUGCGUCUAGGCGGUGUCCCCAACGACAUCAUCAACAACCUCAACCCGCUCUCACUCAUCAUCUUCAUCCCCAUCAUGGACCAGCUAGUAUACCCAUUCCUCCGAAAAGUCGGCAUUCAAUUUACCCCUCUGAAGCGCAUCACAGCUGGCUUCAUCGCCGCCGGUUUAUCCAUGAUCGCCGCCACCGUCACCCAAUACUACAUCUACCAGAAAGGUGAAUGCGGAAAACAAGCCAACUACUGCCUGGAUGAAUACAACUCGCACUCGCCCAUAUCCGUUUGGGUUCAAGCGCUGGUCUACAUCCUAGGCGGCAUUUCCGAGAUCUUCGCAUCCGUAACCUCACUCGAAUACGCCUUCACCAAAGCACCGCGCAACAUGCGCUCCCUCGUGCAAGCCGUGGCUUUAUUCAUGAACGCAUUCUCGUCUGCCAUCGGACAAGCACUCGUGGGACUAUCGAAUGACCCGCUCCUGGUGUGGAACUAUGCUGUCGUAGCGAUUCUGGCAUUUGUAGGCGCUGCAGGAUUCUGGUUGACGAACUAUAAGCUCGAUCGUCAAGAGGAUGAGUUGAACCAUCUGCCACAGAGUCACUAUGAAGGUCGCCCAGAGGGACAUGCUGAUGAAGAGCAGCGAUAG